CCGUCCAGUUCCCACCCAUAUCGCCAUGGUGUCAUUUUCUCCGGCUUAGCAAGGGAUAUUGUUGCAUGCAACACUGGCCGGUGUGAAGCAACUCUGGCCCAUCCUACUCAUGAGAAGUUCAUUAACAAAAAGAUUGAAGUGUUUGAAGAAAUGUCCCUCGUGUAUGGGAACGAUCGAGCUAGGGGUGAUUGUGCUAAGUCGCUUGAUGAUAUAGGCUUGAAUUGUAGUUCUGAGAAAGCUAAUGAUAAUGACAUUGAAGGGCCAUCUAAGGAAAACGAUGUGCAAGAUGUAGUAAGUGAAACUUCUCAAGCCAAAGCAAGUCGCAAACGAAGUCGUUCUUCUGAUGUGCAAGAUGUGGUCAGUGAUAUAUCAACAAAGCUUAGAGAAGUGGCAGUAACAAUCGGUAAAAUAGCUGAUAGUCGACUAGAUGUGACAAGAUUGUACGAAGAAAUUAUGGCAACUGAAGGUUAUAAAGAAAAGUUCUUUUUUUUUUAUGAAGUAAUUAAUUUCAUUGAUGGCAUCAGGAAGAUGCAUAAUAGUUACAAAAGAGUUACAACAAAAAGGAAUAAUGUCAGCUCUAAUACAGAUGUUCAGACUAAUACUAAGGAGCUAACAAAAUUCAAAUAACUAUCAGUGGAAUCUAUGGGGGAUAAAUAAA